UCCUUGGGUCAGUCCAGGUAUGGGGCUCCUUCUCCUUGAACAUCCCUCCUUUGGUAUAUAAUAGCUAUGCGUGAGUUCUUGCUUUAUCAACACGACCAGUUUGGUCCAAUACCCUUAACAACCCCUGCAAGAAGACGUACUUCCGCUGUUCUAGCAACCGUUGUUUGACCAUAUACAUCCUUGAACGAACCCAUUGACGACGUCGACGGAGGCUACCAUUUGUGCACUGUGACAUAUUCGCAGAGCAGUUCUAGCGCGCAUAACCAUCCGCAAUCAAGCAGAACAAUCAUUAUCACACUUGUCUUUGUGUGCUGCACAUCCUAUAAUAUCACAUCAUCACUCAUUCACGCCUCAUAAUGUCUCGCUACUACACUACUCCCCCCCGAUCGCCCACCUUCGGCUUCUUCCCCACUGCGCCCUCUGCCCCACACGCGUUCUCCACCAUGCAGGGGAACCCGCGUGACUCCCACAACAUGUACGCGGCGCUGGGCUCAUCCAUGGGCUUCCAAUCAAGUAGCCAGCGCAGACAGAGCAACAGCGGGAGUUCAAACCCGCUCAUGAAGUUCUAUAGAAAGUGAUCAUCCUGAUCGUCAAUUGUAUACAUCACGACGGGGCCACGUGUCCCCAAACCCACUGUAUCGAUAGUACUGGAGCGGAGCGGUUAUUUUUUGUGGCUAGGGAGAUGGGAGGUGGAGCGCGCCAAAAUACGUGCUGAAUGAGGGGUGCAGGGCAUCUGAAUCUUCUUCACGACUUCGUUCGAUUACACACUUACUUCUCCAUCAAACCCCUGUGUCCAUAUCUCGUACGCAUAGAACGCACAUAUUGUAUCUCUAUUGUUUCAUCCUGGAUGCUAUACAUUUCGCCCUCUCCUAUCAUUCAAAAAUUGACACAUGAAGACAAUAAUGCAAGCCAAAUGCAUGCCAUGAGGAAAGGA